AUGUCAGAUCAAAGGAUCUUUACAAGGUACAGGGCUGAUGAAAUCAAAGCAGAGUUUCAAAAUGUUGAAGUCAAAAAAUUCAAAUCAAAUGCCAUGAAAAGGAAGAAUGCUUUAAGAAAAAUUAUAGCAAACUUAACAAUGGGCAAUUUAAAUGAGAUGUCUUAUUUAUUUCCCGAAAUUAUAAAUUAUUGGAAAAUUGAAGAUGAUAUAGAGGUAAGAAGAAUUUGUCAUGAAUAUAUUAGAAAACUAGGACCUUCCAAGCCUAAAAAUGCAAAUGAUGCUUUGCCUUAUAUUUUGAAAGAUUUAGAUAAUAGAAAUCCUGCUUUACAAAUAAUGGCAAUUAAAACUCUUCUUAUGGUCCCAUCUCCAGAUUAUGUAGAUGAAGCUUUUAGAUUUGUCUCUGGAAUAAUAAAUCGUCGUUCUUCUUCCAGUGAUGUUUUAAAAACUUCUAUUUUUGCAUUAACACAAUUGGACGACAUAAAUCAUGACAGAGCAUUACCUUUGUUAGAUAGUCUAAGAGAUAUAAUAAGUGGAGAUCACCAGAUCAAUUCUGUUAAAGUUGCUGCCUUGAAUACUUUAUAUACAAUUCAUGAGAAAAAUUUGUCACUUCCGAACCUUAAUCUGACUGUUGAUGCAUCUUAUGAUUUGUUAACUAUUUUGCCAAAAUUAAAUGAGUGGGAUAAGGCUCUACUUUUGGAAUCAUUAAUUUGUGUAUGUGUGCCGCAAACUCACAAUGAUGCCUAUGAUCUGAUAGACAUGGUAGAACCACAACUACAACAUGUCAAUACUUAUGUCGCCCUAAAUGCAUUGAAAUUUAUUAUCUAUAUUACCAAUUAUGUUGAUCAUAUUUCUGAUAAUUUAUCAAAAAAGUUAUCUUCUUCCAUUAUUGCCUUAUUGAACAAACCUCCUGAAUUACAAUUUUUAGUUUUGAGAAAUGUCAUUUUAUUACUAUUAAGCAGAGAAUCCCUUAUUUUAAAUUUGGAUGUUUCAUACUUUUUUGUUGAAUACAAUGAUCCGAUUUAUAUAAAAGAUACAAAGUUAGAAUGCUUAUACUUAUUAGCAAAUAAGGACAAUUUACAUAAUAUUUUAGAAGAGUUGGAGCAGUAUGCAACAGAUAUUGACAUUCAAAUGUCAAGAAAAGCUAUAAGAGCAAUCGGGAAUUUAGCAGUAAAAUUGGAUGAAAAUUCAGCCGAUGAGUGUGUUAAUACCUUGUUAAACUUACUAGAAUUUGGUGUAGAUUAUGUUGUGGAAGAAAUAAUAUCUGUAUUCAGGAAUAUUUUAAGAAAAUAUCAAGAUCAGUAUAAAUCUCAGAUAAGUACGUUGGUAUCCUACACUGAUUCCAUUCAUGAGUCCGAUUCUAAAAAUGCUAUGAUCUGGAUUAUUACCAAUUAUGCUGAUAUAUUACCUGAAUAUUUAGAAUAUUUCAGAGUAUUUUCUUCUCAUAUUUUGGAAGAAACACUAGAAGUUCAAUUUUCAAUUUUGAAUUCCUCAGUUAAAUUUUUUGCUAGAAAUAUAUCAAAAGAGACAGAAGCUCUUUGUAUUGAAAUAUUGAAGUGUUGCACAGAAGAAAUUGAUAAUCCUGAUUUAAGAGAUAGAGCGUUCAUGUACUGGAGAUUAUUAUCAUUAUUACAGUCUCCAAAAAGUGAAAUUAAUGUUGAAGUAAUUAAAGAUAUUGUCGAUGGGGAAUUGCCAUUGAUCGAAUUAAAUACAAAAUUAGAUCCUGCGAUAUUAGAAGAAUUAGAAUUAAAUAUUGGCUCUAUUGCUUCAAUAUACCUAAAACCCGUUUCUCAAAUAUUCAAGCAAAUAAAAACUAAACAAUUACCCUCAAGUUCUGUUCUUAAUCAGAAUAGGGAUUCAAUCAAUAUUGUAAGUAAUGAAAAUUUAAUUCAUGAGCAAAAACGGUCACAGACAGAUAGAUUUUCCGAUAUAAAUCAUUAUUCAGAAGGAAGAAGCAUACCAAGUAAGCCUUCAAGAAGAAAUACAAUAAUGGAUGAUUAUGAUAAACCUGCUGAAACUGUAAACCAGUUAAAAGGUAAGAUGAGAUCAUCAAACUCAAGCUCAUCACUUUUAUCUCGUAAGCCAACAAAAUUAAUGAGAAAACUAACAAUAAAGAAACCAUUUUAA